GUAUUCUUUGUUUUAAGAAAAAAACAAUCUCAUGUUUCAUUUUUACACGUGUAUCAUCAUGUAAAUAUGGUCGUCACUACUUGGACAUUUUUGAGAUUUAUUAAAGUUCAACAAGGAGCUAUCUGUGGUGCUCUCAACGCAUUAAUACAUUCAAUAAUGUAUAGUUACUAUUUUUUAUCGGCUCUUGGUCCUCAUAUGCAAAAAUAUUUGUGGUGGAAGAAAUACUUGACCCGUUUACAAAUUAUUCAAUUCAUAUUAGGCAUUAUCUACGGUAUAAGCCUUUUUAUUUACGAUUGCGAAUUUCCGAGACUAUUCACUAUUUACAUGAUAUUCGACGUACUUUUAUUUUUGUACUUGUUUUUAAUAUUUUACAAAAAAACGUACAAAGACAAAGAAACCUAAAUCUCAAUAAACUUCAAAGAUACCUAACAUAAAACAUGUGAAUUAAGUUGUGUCUAUACAUCUAUAAUAUAUUAAUACAUAUACAUAGGUAUUUACGUGGA